UUGACAACAAUUGUUACGAGAUGAGAUAAAAGCCCAGUCAAUCUUGUUAACUUGUCAUUCGAUUCAGAUUCUCAUCUGUGAAGACAGCUCAAACAGUAUUCUGCUCUAUUCCCUUGUUCUUCAAGUUUAUCAAUCCGAAAUACCAUGGAUUUCAAGAUCGCCUGCGCUUUGAACCUGUCCCCUGAGUUGGUAUGGUUUAGUCGUCAGUCUUACGACGAAGAGUUAUCAGCAUCAUCCGACUGUGGGCCCGAUGGUUGGCCGUGUCACUACGGCGGAUACUUCCCUGAAAUGCCGCACGACCUGGGCAGUGAUGGUACUCAGUCUCCGGGACGUGACGACACCGAUGAUGAGGCAGAGAAUGUCAGAGAUGACUUCUCUCUCCGUCUCUUCAAUCUGGAGCAGGUGAUCCGAGAUGAACAUGAUUUAGGUGACCAGAAGGACGAUCAUCAGCCAGCAGCUUCUGGGCAUUGCCAGCUACCUCUUCCCGUCAGGCCCUCCGUCAGCCCAAGCUACCUACCCUCUCCAACAUCCUCAUCACCGGACUGCAACUCGCCAGCCUCCUUGAUGGAGACCAGCUACUCGUCGUCACCGAACCUCCACAGCCCUUCUUCCUUCCCUGAGCUGAUGAUCGCUACCUCCCCAGUUCUGAUGGAGACGCUUCUCACUCCCGUGACAGUCUCCGCUCUCCAGACAUUUUCACCGGUUGAAUGGGUGUAUAAUGCCUUUUAAUUGUAAAUAUGUGGGACUCAUGUAUAAACAUUAUAGAAUUAUUACCAUUUUCAUUUUGUAAAUGAUAUAGGCUUAAUUAUGGCUUAAAGUUUUCUUUUUGGUUGCGAAAUUUACUAAACUUUCGAACUUUGGUCCACGAUUUUAAUUCGCAACAGAAAGAUAAUUACUACAACAAUGCAAUUGUCUUAAAAAAUGUGAAUGUAAAUUAUAUUAAUAAUACGAUUUUGUGAAUAUUAAAAUAAAAAA